AUGGACGCCUUUAUGAUGAUACAACGAAAAAAGCUAACCAUAUUUACAGAUGCUAAAGACAACAUAUUGGUUAAUGAGCUCAAAAAGAUUAUUGGAUGUAUCAUAAAAGUAGCACCAGCAAAUCAACAACUUUACUAUAAAGAUGAAAUUAUGGAUGAGACAAAAACAUUAUCAGAAUGUGGUUUGAAUGCUACUAUUGCUAAAGCACAAAGUCCAGCUACUAUUGGUUUAGCAUUGAAGAUGGAAAAUGGAGAAUUUGAGCCAUUAGAAAUGGUACCAUACUCAUUGCCACCAGAAUUGCCAUAUGUUAUGAAAAGUCAAGAAACUAAUGGCCAAGAACCACCCAUGUAA